UUCCUCUAUCUCGUCAACUACGGCUUCUCCAAAUUAAGACAUCAGUCUGAAGUCUGAACUCUCAACUCUCAAACCGACCACUCUGUCGCCAUCAAAAUCGAUAGCAAAGAUACAAAGCAUAAUUCCAAGGGUUAUAAUCUGAUUUCCCUCUGGUAUGCUUUGAAUCCUUUUAACUAAUUUGCUUUUAUUGAUACAUUUUUACAAGAUUGAACCUGUUCCUUUCUGUUGUUAUUCCCCAUUUCUCUCUUUAAAUUGAAUUUUCAUGUCACAUUUAUGUCAUAAGUUGUAAUUCCCAUUUGGGUAUCUCUUGUUUCAACAUUCGAACAAAUUGAGAUUUGUUAUAGUGCACAAUUUGUCCUUUUUUUCUUUUUGUUUAAAAUGGCUGCAAUUUGAAUAUUUUGUGGUAUAUUCGAACAUAGUGAUUCCAAUGUCUGGUAGGAAUAGUUUAUGGCUGAGAAAACAGAACUGUCCAUGUGGAGAUUGGAAAUGCUAUAUUACUUAUGAAGGACAAACUGAUGAGACAUCAUUUACAUCUCAAGUAAGCAAUAAGAAUGGAGCAAACCCUUCAUUUGAGGAUAUGAUUGACCCUUAUGUUGGAAUGGGGUUUAAAACUGAUGUUGAUGCUUUUGAUUAUUAUGGGAGUUUUGCUAGGAAGAAUGGGUUUUCGAUUAGGAAAGAACGGUCGAGGAUAAGCCCUCAAUUGGGCAUUUAUAAGAGAGAUUUUGUAUGCUAUCGUUCUGGUUUUGCAUCUUCUAGGAGGAAAGCCUCUAGUGAGCACCAGAGGGAUAGGAAGUCUGUGCGAUGUGGUUGUGAUGCGAAAAUGUUCUUGUCUAAGGAAGUUGUUGAUGGGAUUUCUCAGUGGUUUGUUGUUCAGUUUAGCAAUGUUCAUAACCAUGAGUUGUUAGAAGAUGAUCAAGUUCGUCUUCUUCCUGCUUAUCGUAAAAUUCAGGAGCCAGAUCAAGAGCGCAUCCUUUUGCUCUCAAAGGCUGGAUUUCCUGUACAUCGUAUAGUGAAAGUCUUGGAGUUGGAAAAAGGAAUUAAUGGAGGGCAGCUGCCUUUUCUAGAGAGAGAUGUUAGGAACUUUGUUCAGAAUCGGAAAAGAAUGGCUCAAGAAAGUGAUGCCUUACUUUCCGAGAAGCGAGAUAGUGAAAUAUUGGAACUUUUAGAGGCUUGUAAAGCCCUUAAAGAAACUGAUGAGAGCUUUACCUAUGAUUACUCUAUGGACGGAAAUGAUAAACCGCAAAAUAUUGCAUGGACCUAUCGAGACUCUCUCAUUUUGUACUCUCUGUUUGGUGAUGUUGUACUUUUUGAGACAACGUUUCGAUCAAUCACGUAUGGUAUGACUUUUGGUGCAUGGCUUGGCAUUAACAAUCAUGGAAAUGUCAUUCUUUUUGGCUGUGUCUUGCUGCACGAGGAAGCAUCCUCUUCGUUUUCAUGGGCUUUACAGACAUUUCUGCAAUUUGUUGAUGGAAAGUGUCCCCAAACAAUUCUUACUGAUAUAGAUACUGGGCUUCAAGAGUCAAUAAGGAGUGAAUUACCUAGUACAAAACACAUCAUUUCUGUAUGGUAUAUUCUGCCUAAGUUAUCCGGUUGGUUCUCUCUUCUUCUUGGGUCAAGUUUUGCUGACUUUAGGUCUGAGUUUGAUGUGCUAUACCGCAUGGAAAGUGCUGAGCAGUUUGAGUUUGAAUGGACUCAGAUGGUUGCUCGAUUUGAACUGGAGUCCGAGAAACAUUCUAGUUUAUUAUUUUCAUUAAGAGAAUCCUGGGCACUAUCUUACGUUCGAGGCUAUUUUCUUGCUCAGAUGGCAACAUCAGCAUAUUCAAAAUGUGUAGAUAUGUUCUUAAAAGGCAUAAUCAAUAAACGACCUUGUUUACGCAGCUUUUUUGACCAGAUCAGCCAUGCUAGAAGUAUACAAAGGCAGGAAUACCCCGAUAUGCUAAGUUUACAAAUGAGGACAUGCAUGCCUAUUGAAGAGCAAGCUCGAAAUAUCCUCACUCCUUUUGCUUUCGGUGUCUUUAAGCAAGAGCUGGUGCUUGCUAUGCAGUAUGCAGUUUCUGAGAUGGCUAAUGGUUCUUGUCUUGUUCAACACUUCAAGAAAAUGGAUGGGGAGCGCUUUGUAAUAUGGAUAUCAGAAGGUGAACAAAUCCAUUGUUCUUGUAAGGAGUUUGAAUCUUCUGGAAUUCUAUGUAGACAUGCUCUUCGAGUAUUCAUAGCAAAGAACUACUUUGAACUGCCUGAAGUAUACUUUUCUAGAAGAUGGCAGAAAAUUCAAUAUGAUGACCACACGGUUCAAAUAAGAAAAGAUGAGUGGUUUCAAGAAUUUCAUGAUCUCACGUCAACUCUAUUUACUGAAUCACUGGUAACAAAAGAAAGAUUUGAUUUGGUACAACGAGAACUUAGUAAAGAGCUUCGAAGACUUAUUAAUGAGGUUAGAAGUAUGCCUGCGAAUGAUGAAGUUGGAUAAAUACUACAUGGUCAUUCCGUGACUAAAAGAUGACGGCCCUUUUACAAAAUAGACAAAAGAUAAGGUGUUUUUGAAAAGGAUGAAUGCACCAUUUGUUGAGCAUCUAUUUCUGCCGUUGGUUCAUGGUUUUCUCAGUUCAUCUGUAAAAAACAUAGCUGAUGUGAAGAAGAGGAAUAAUAUGGUACAGCAAAUUUUAGUAAGCAUGGAUUAGUUUGAGAAGAAUUUGAGGUGCUCUGAAAUUUUGACCCACUUAGAUGUCUUUGUCUGUAGAAAUUGCUCUCUUGUGUUUGGAAGCCAUCCAUGCAAAACCUCACUGAAGAAUUUUUUAGAAAACAUCUGAUUCAUAUUGAAGUUAUAAACUCUAUGAGGCCUUGGUGCUUUUUAUAAUUCAAGCAAUAUAUUUGAAAACAAAAUAGAUCAGGAACACAUCCUCUCCCUCUUCGAGAGGGAAGGAAGAAACAAAAACACCAACAUACCAUUACUCCAAUGCCUUCAAGUGGCUCCCACCGAAGCGGGAUUUGGGGUGUUAGAGAUACGCAAUCUUACCCUAGUUGGUGAUAACAAAGAGGUUGUUUCCGAAUUUUCCUUAGUAGCAAAUAUGAUAUGUAACUUCAAGAUGGAAGGAAGAAGUGGAACAUUAUUCUUCAGCAAAAAAUCAGAAAUCUUGUAUCUUUCUUCUGUUGUACAGAAAUCGUGUUAUUUAAUAGGAUUCUGUAAUGAAUUCUUUUGUCGGCUAUAAUAUAUAGACCAAUGCCUAAGAUUGGAAAUAUGUAUUCUUACGAACUUUCUGAUGUGAUAUCUUGGGAUUUGUCUUCAACUAUAUUUGCUUUAACGUCUUCCCAACAUUGAAAUAGACAAGCAGAUGGUAUAAGCAGAAUGCUCACAUUUAUUUACUCCUAAUGCUUGUGGUUUCGCAAUAGUUUUGUUCUUGGUGCGAAAAGCAAUAAACAAACACCGAACGAAUAAAAUUCUUUCUUCAAUUAUGCUCCGGGAAGUGUUGCAAAUCCUUGAAGUGUUUUCCAGUCAUAUAUUCCUUUCAAUCCAAAGGCAGCUUUUAGCUUAUUAUGCAACUCCUGGCUCAAGCGAAAUUGUCCCUGUAGGCAGCUAGUAUCAGAUGAAAACGCUUCAAUUAUUGACAGCCUUGAAACAACAGUACAAAAUAUCGUUUAUAUCACAGUAUUGUAAACUGCAUCGUAAAAGUUUUUUAAGCUUACUGCGACUACAACAUAGACCGAGACAACAACAAACCAUCCGGUGGACUUUGUCAAGUUGCGGAUUUGUUAUGUUCCUGGGUUCUAUCUCCUUCUAGGUCACCCUUUGGAAACUUGAGAGGGGUCUGCAUUUAGCAGGUAAGCCAUUAAUUUUUCUGGUUCAUUUUUUGCAUCAUUAUGGAGAGGCCCCAUUGGUUAUUUGCUUGCAGACUUAUUUCAUUAUUGAUAAAGAUUAUAGACAAUGAAAAGGAUAAUACAUUAGUUUCGGACCACAGAAGUGUAAGAACCUGAUGGAGUCGUUAUCAUAGUCCAUACAGUAUGUAUCUGGUAAAAGACAAAUUGCCAUAUCCUUUUGUUAUAUAUCAUUACUUGAAUGCCUUUUUUAUGUAGAAGAAAUAUCAUAAUCCCCUGGUUCUAAGUUUUUUGGGGGGUUUUGAAUUUCUAGUUGAUUUUAUCACGAGUUAGGAACUAAGCUCUUCUAUGAAUAGGAUAUAUUGGAUAUGAUGGUGUAGUUAGAAACAAACUUACUUUAAGUAGAAGAAUCAAGUUAUCGUGAAUUAAGUAUUGCACCAUUAUUGUGCACCUUUUUAAAUAUUUCAUUAACAAGUUCACACUCUCACUCUCCACUCUACUUAAUUACAAUCUCUAUAAGUUUAAGGUUGAUAGAUGCUAUUUUAGUGAGUACUAACGGCCCGUUUGGUAGGUGGUACUAAACGGUGGUAAUGAGAAUGAAAACUAGUAUAGUUUUGAUUGAAAAAUCUAUUGCAUUGCUACCUUGAUGGCCAUGCUUAUCUAACUUCAAUUAUCUCAUUUUCUUCAUAAAUUUCAUUCCAAAGCUUUACCAUUAGGAGAGGUGGUAUUAGGUGGUAAUGCAAAUUUAUAAACAAAAAUUUUUUUUUUGAUUAAAGUUUCAUGACCAUGGGAAUGACAUAGAACUUUUUGAUGAAAUUUUGCACUAUAAAUCAUUUCCAUUACCACCGUUUAGUACCACUAAGCAAACGGACCGUAAGUCCAUACAUUACCAACCCUUUUAGACGCGGUUUACUAUUACUUGGUUUGAACAGACCAAGAUGGGACUGUUUGCAGAUUAAAAUAAUUUGUAAUAAUUAUGAGGAUGUAUCGAUAAAUAAUGAUUAUGUAAGAAGUAGUAAAUUACUUUUAUGUGUCCUUAUUUUAUAGGAGGGUUUUUUAAAUCAUAUUUUAUCUUUUUCUUAUUUUGUUUAUUUUAAUUUCACGUAUAUGGUCUUUUUGUGAUUAUUUGUAAGUAACCUUAUUGUUUAGGAUUUUUUACUAAAUUAUUGCUGUAAAUCCGGUUGCACUUUUUAUCAGAAUCUGCUACUUGUGGAACAUACACAUGACACGUGUAAUCAGUUGAUUCAGAUUGCAUUGCUCCUAACUGUUUCAGUUGGCCUUUCUCUAUUGAUUCCUUUCUAGUGUUUUCUACAAACAGUAAUAUACCUAACUCUGCUUGUAUGCUUUUUUAAGUGGUAUGGAGAGAAGGUACACUUGGUUGUAUCAUCAUUUGACUUUGAAUUAUUAUACAUUUUAAUAUAAUGACUCUUUAUUUUACGUGCAUUUCUUAGUUAUUGUCGUAUAUGAUUUUUCUAUUAAGAAUACAUUGGAUAUACUUUCUUUGUUUGCGGAAGGUUAAGGUUGUGAAGAUAUGACCCGCUAAACUCUGCCUAAAUGAAAACUACAUAAUAGCAUUAGAGUUGAUUAUGUAAGAAUUUCUUGAUAUAUUAUUGUAGUAGAAUGUUUUUUUACGGCAAAAACUGACAACAGGAGGAAAUUUCCAAUUUAAACCCGGUUUAGUUGAGUAAGAAUCUUUAAAGGUUUCAAUCUUUUUCAAAUUGGAAAGAUUUAGAGGGAAAACUCUCAUCACCCUUUAUUCCUAAACAAGCAAGGGUUAUUUUCCUUCUAUUUCUCUUCCCUUCCUUUCCCCUCCACUCCUUUCCCUUCCCUUUUGUUCCUUUCUAUCAAAAUUAUCA